AUGACCUCUCUGUUCAGGUACGGACAGCGUUUUCCUGUCCCGACUAACUCCAAGAAACGCUGUUUCUCAGAGUUGAUAAAACCAUGGCACAAAACUAUGUCGAGUGGAUUCGGUGCGGCACUGUGUGCGGUUUCCACUGCUCAGAAAUCAGAGCCACUUGGAUGACAGCGGCAGGCCUUUCAGAGAUGGCAACAGAGGCCGCCUAUCAAACUGGAGCAGAGCAGGCCUCCAGAGCCGCCAGGAAUCACAUCCACUUGAAGUCACAGGUGCAGGAGGUGCGCCAGCUGUCCCAGAAAGCAGGGACCAAGCUGGCCGAGGCGCAGACACAAGAGCUGCACCAGAAAGCACAGGAGGCGAGUGACGAGGGGGCGGACCAGGAAGAGGAGGCCUAGCUGCGAAGAUUGAGGGACUGAGCCCGGUGCCCUGCCCAUGCACUCUGUGGGGA